AUGCUGACAGCCGUUCCGACCCAGGUCGGCUUACGGCUCGCUUGCCAGCACACAGCACCCGCAGUCACAUCGCGGUCGUUUGCGACUGCCAUUUCAAGGUCUCCGGCUGCCUCAGUCAGGCUGUCGCAAGCGCGGUCCAAGAGCACAUACAGUCUGUCGCUGAACACAAGGAAGUCGCUGCAGAAUACACCGCGACAGAAGCGCCAUGCCACUACCACAGCCAGUCCAAUCUUAUCACACACAGACAGACCAGCAGCACACUCACAAGCGCUAGACUGGAACACAUUCUUCAGACUGCGCACAUCUCGACGCUACUACUCACUCACAUCCUCCCUCAUUGGCCUCGUAUCGACCACGGCCGGCACGUUCUAUUUCUUGACAGUCUACCCUGACCAGUCCGACUAUGUCGUCAAGCUCAUUCCCAUGGAUCCGAUCAUCAGCACCGGCAUCGCCAUGACUGCCGCCAUGCUGACGGGUUGGCUGUUGGGUCCAAUAUUCGGCAAUGGCUUGUGGAGAAUAAUGCACAGAAAGGGAUUGGCAGAGUUCACAAGCAAAGAGAGGGCUUUCUUCGAGCGGAUAAAGAGGCAUAGAGUGAACCCAGCGGGUGCCAGCACCAACAAUCCUGUGCCGGACUUCUACGGCGAAAAGAUUGGGAGUGUGCAGGGGUACAGGAGGUGGUUGAAAGAUCAGCGGGCAUUCAAUCGGAAGCGGAGUGGGAGUUUCGGCGGUGCUUAA